AUGGGUUCACAGGGAAAUACGGGCGAGAUGAUGAUACCGUGUCUGGUUUUCUCGGAGGGAGGGUUGGAGCUAGAAGAAGGGAGUGAGGAAUGGAGGGCUAUGAGCAGGAGAGUAAGAGAGGCGUGUGAGACUCAUGGCUGCUUCUUGCUUCUGCAUAACAGAGGCAGUCUGAUUAGGUUACAAGAAGAAAUGUUGACAGCCAUGAAAGCUUUGUUUGAUCUUCCUGAAGAGACCAAGAUGAAGCACACUAGCCCUAAGCCUUACCGGAGCUACCAUGCCAACUGCCCCGUCAUUCCUCUCUGUCAAAGCUUCGGCGUCGACGACGCUCCUCUCCCUCACAUUGCUCAAGCCUUCACUCGCCUCAUGUGGCCUCACGGAGACCCCACUUCUGUCGAUGAGCGAGGAGAUGCUGGAACUGAACUAUGUGCUGUUGAAGAUGAUAGUGGAGGGUCUGGGCCUCCCGAAACACUACAUCUCAGACGCCGAGAAGAUGAAGAGCACAAGUAA